GAAUAAGGGUUUAGGCGUAAUUUUACGCAAAUUCCGGGGGAAGUUGAAGUUCCGCGGAAAUUUAAACGCGCGGAAAUGUGGAGCGAUGUGUCAACAAUGUACGCUCUUAUCCAGUGAAGUCUCUUCUGUUAUUGCUUAAAACGAACUGAACUUCCAAAAACACAUUAGAUAAAUGCGUUAACAUGGACAGAUACGUGGUUGUGGUGACAUUUAAUCUGGAAUCAGAUGGAAGUUCCAAAGACUACAAAGGACUGCAGACCGCGAAACAGAUUUAUGACAAACUCAAAGAAAUCUCUGCUUCAAAGUACAUGACUGAUGUAUCACCGAUGCCAGCUUGCUCUCUCAGUGGUAAACCCGUCCCUCAGAAAUGGUUCUUUUCUCUCCAAGCCUGUUGUGGGUCAACUCAGUUUUGUAGCUCUGAGUGGGAGGAACUGGUUGAGAGCUCUCAGAAGAGCGACAGUGAGGAGGUUGGACCCUCAGCUCUUGAGGCAUGUCUCACUGCUGUGGAGGAACAGGAAGAGCAAACGGAGCAGCCAUCCAUCAAAGAGCUUUUAGAAGAGGCAGCAGACGGUCUCCACCUGCUAGCAGACAAGCUCCCUCUCCCAGGGAGGUCUCUUUUAGAUGUCAUUUUUCUAUGUGUGGAUAAGGAGGCUCCUACCAUGAAGCACUUCCUGCCUCUCGUUGGCUCCCUGAAGCACAUGCAGUCCUGGCACUCAGCCAAGAUGACCAUGGUCACAGAGCACAGAGAGGGGUGGCAGAAAGAAGCGCUGUACCUCAUGGCGAGAGUGUGUGACAGCAGCGACGUGCUGAGCUGCCUGGACGAGAGGGAGGUGUGGAGAGGAGCAGUGCUCAUCCGAGAGAAGAAGAUGGCCUCUGAGGUGCGGUUCGAGGGGUUCUGCCUAAAGAGGAUCCACGCCCGAGGCUCCUGGAGCGUCGGUACCCACGGCUACACAGACCAUCAGCUCCCAGGCGAGGUGUUCCACUACUACCAGCCAACCUUAAACCUGGUCCAGCUAGUAUUGGUCUCGGAUCUACCAGUGUUCUCAUGGUCCAGCACAGAGUUCGAACUCGGCCUGGUCUCAAGGUCGACGCGAGCCCGGAUGCUUCUGGAUCAGCUCGCCACUCUCCGGGGAAAGGUAGCAGCGCUGUUCUCUCUGUCCUGUGUGGUCAGCGCCCUGGCGAUGCCCUCUGCCUCUCAGCUCAGCACACACAGGUGGAAGGAGUUCAUGGCCAAACGGCCCAAAGCCCUCUCAGUUCCUGAAGUGGAGGUCAAAGGCGAGAUGGCACACUACUUCCUGCUGGUCCAGGGGACAGCUGAAGGUGGCUGCAGAGCACGAAUGAUCCACUCGGCCAAUCAAAUGAACGGAGCUGCUGCGCUGGAAACGGUCAACGCUCUCAUGCGGAGAAAUGAUUCGCCAUCGUCAGGUCAAAGCACAGUGGACUGGCUGCGGUCCUUGCCCUGUAUCCGUGGUGACGAGCUCCUGCGGCAGGAGAAGUGUCUGGCUAAGGUGCAGACUCUUGUCCUGAAGGAAUGUCUCAGUAGGAGAGAGGAGGCCCAGAUGUCUGCUGCGAUGCCUGCCAGCCACUUGUGGACGGUGCUGAGUCUGGCGCGGGAGCAGUUCUUCAGCAUGCAGCCGACCGCACUGUCCAAAGGGUCCCCCAGCCCUCAGGCCCAGGAGCAGGAGCAGGAGCAGGGGCAGGAGCAGGAGCAGGAGCAGGGCCGCUCCCUUGAGGACUCACGCAGAGGCCCUACCUCAGCCUGGCCGGAAAGGAGUGUGCUCCACAACUAUGAGAAGCUGAGGAGUCGACGACAGAAGUCCAGGAGUGGAAUUCUGGCCUCCAGCUCCGAGAGCCUGAUGGCUCCUAAGGAUGUCCAGAGAGAUAGCUCCUCGCUUCUGGACGCCACGGAGCUGCUCAAGUACUUCACCCCCGAGGGCCAGCCCAUAGCUCCACUUCAGCCCCUGCUGCUGCUGAGGGGGGAGAAUGCAUUCCUGUUGUCUCCAAACCUCACCCCCAAGAAGGUGAGCCAGCUGCCCUUCAGGAAAGCCACGCGCUCCCAUUACCAUGGCAUCGAGUUCUGUCUGGAUGAGCUCGGAGCUCUGGAGCGAGACCGUGGCAUGGUCCGGCUGCAGGCCCGUCUCAUCCGCUACGAGACGCACACCACCUGCUCCAAGGAGCCCUGCCCCAUCCCGUUCGCGCUCAGUCCCGCCCCCUCCCCGGCCGUCCUAUCCGAGCCUGGCAGCGUGCCAGACGGAGAGAGCCUCGCCCAGGUCGAGCUGCCCCGCCUCAAACGCCACGCCCGCGACCCAGACCACCACAGCUACCCACACAAGAGACUGGCUAAAUCAGAAAGUGGGGAGGGUCCAGGCUCUCACAGUAGCACCAGCAGUGGCUUCGGCCCAUUGGGGGCCUCACGGGCCCUCAGACAGCAGACACGGCCCCAGUCCACAUCAGGGGCCUCCAGGAGCACUGCCCGAGGGGCCACGGAGUCUCAGGAGGAGGCGCCGCCGCAACAGAGCCAGAAGCCCACCGAGGGCCGAGGCGAGUCCCGCUCACAGAAACACUACAGAAUGCUGAAAGAGGUGGUGAUGAAGACUCUGAAGCAGCACGGGAUCAGCGGCCAGCAUCAGGCCUUUGAAGCCUGCAGUCAGAGGCUGUUUGAGAUCUCAAAGUUCUACCUCAAGGAUCUGAAGACGUCGAGAGGACUCCACGAGGAGAUGAAGAAGGCUGCCAGUAGCAAUGCUAAGCAGGUGAUUGACUGGGUGCUGGAGAAAGCCUCAAAGACAUGAGAGGACCCAGCCCCUGCAUUCUGCCCUGACCCUCUGCUGGGUUGACCUCUGGGGGUGGCCAGCUGGCACUGGCAGGCUGGCUGAAGGCCAUGGGACCGGGGGCACUGACCGCAGCUAGCCUGGAGUGAGGACAAGCCAGUGUGAGCUGCCCUCUGACAGGCUUCAGUCGUGUCAUUGACCGAUGAUUGCCAAGAGCCAUGCACACUGUGUGCUCUGUUCUGUUCUGUUCUGUCCUUAUUGUCUACAUGCCUUUGUAUUUAUUAUUGUUGUUGCUGUGUGUGUCUUUGUGUGUCAUCUGUGAAUUAAAGGAAUUCAUUUUAUGUGGAUGCAGUCAUGUGCUUCCUGAGGUGAUGUCUGGAGACGUCUGGCUAUCUGAGAAGGUCCUGUGUUCAUCACAACACGUCACAACACGUACUGUACUGAGGCACGGGGGAGGGGGGUUGUUGUGUGUGUCAUGGCCACCCUUUUUUUCAAAAUAACAAAAGAGGUUAAUCAUUUUAUUAGUAUUUUAAAAAUAAUUUUAUGUGUUUUUAUUUAAUGUUUUUUUUUCCACACUACAUAUAUGGGCAGAGGACUCAAGAAGGGCUUCCUAUUUGGCCUUCCCUACUCAUGCAGACAUAAAUCUAGUUAUACAUAGGGGACUCAGCU